CAUAGCAGUUGAUCCUAUUGAAAUCCCGGUAGUCAGUGGCCUUUUGGUGUUUACACUGGGAUAGAAACUGCAUGCUGCCACUGACAUCCACUACUACCAUUUUUUUUAUACUGCAAGAAAAGCAAGGGAUGUUAACAUUGUAUACUCUAUUUCCCAGUCUCUCCCAGAUCUUCCCAUGCUGAUACCCCUGGGCUUUGGACAGCAGCUGGCAGCAUGGAGGAAUAGACAUGGGACAUUUGGAAGGAAAUGGCUUUUAAUUUAUCCAGAUCACACGACAAAGACCUGGACGUGGCAUAGCUCUGACGGAUUGAAAACGUUCAUGGAAAGUGCUUUAUUCAGCUGAGGAUAUUGCUGUUUGUUCAUGGGCCUUCCCCUGACAAAGCUGUGGUGAUACGCGGCAAGGAAACAUGGCAAACAACUCUCAUGGCGGGGGAAAGAGCCCCCCAGACCAGGACGACCAGGAGCAAGAGUUUGGCUGUACGCUCCAAGAACUGCGCUCUCUCAUGGAACUGCGGGGGGCUGAAGGACUACAAAAAAUACAGGAGUCAUACGGUGGCAUCCAUGGACUCUGUUCCAAACUGAGAUCAUCUCCUGUAGAAGGGUUGACUGGCUACCCUGCAGAAACUGAGAAGAGGAAAGCAGAAUUUGGACAAAACCAUAUACCACAAAAACAGUCAAAAUCCUUUCUUCAGUUAGUGUGGGAAGCAUUGCAAGAUGUGACUCUCAUUAUUCUGGAAGUGGCAGCCAUCAUUUCCUUAGGCCUUUCUUUUUAUAGACCUCCAGAUGCAGAGAAAGACUACUGUAGCAAGGCGGCUGGAAGUGUGGAUGAAGAGGACAAGGCAGAAGCAGGCUGGAUUGAGGGAGUGGCCAUCCUGCUAUCCGUCAUCUGUGUGGUACUGGUGACAGCCUUUAAUGACUGGAGCAAGGAGAAGCAGUUCCGGGGCCUUCAAAACCGCAUCGUACAGGAGCAGAAGUUUUCUGUCGUACGAAGGGGUCAAGUUAUCCAGAUACCUGUAGCAGAGUUGGUUGUUGGGGACAUUGCACAAAUCAAAUAUGGUGACCUCUUACCCACAGAUGGCAUCCUUGUUCAAGGCAAUGAUCUUAAACUCGAUGAGAGCGCCCUCACAGGGGAGUCUAACCUUGUAAAAAAAGCACUGCAUAAGGACCCCAUGCUGUUGGCAGGUACCCAUGUCAUGGAGGGCUCUGGCAAGAUGGUGAUCACUGCUGUUGGCAUAAACUCCCAGACAGGAAUUAUCUUCACUUUGCUGGGUACUGGAGAGGAUGAGUAUAAUAACAAAAGAGCGAAGAAGGAGCAAAAGAGGAAGAAAAAAGAGGAGAAAAGGAAAGAAAAUGGGAAAAAGAAGGAGAAAGAAAACAAAGAACUGGAUGAAUCUGCUGAAAACCACAAAAAAGAUGAAGCUCUGGAUGGUGUAAAGAUAGAAAUGCAGCCCCUCAAUGCCAAAGAAGGAAGUGAUGGUGAGGUCAAAAAGAAAGUUAGUAUGUCAAAAAAAGAGAAGUCUGUUCUUCAAGGGAAGCUCACUGUAUUGGCAGUUGAAAUUGGCAAAGCAGGCUUGGUCAUGUCUGCCAUGACAGUCAUUAUCCUGGUGGUCCUCUUUGUGGUUGACACUUUUUGGGUCCAAGGCCGAUCCUGGGUCAAGGAUUGCACUCCCAUCUACAUCCAGUUCUUCGUCAAGUUCUUCAUCAUUGGCGUCACUGUGUUGGUUGUAGCUGUGCCUGAAGGCCUUCCAUUGGCCGUCACCAUCUCUCUGGCCUACUCUGUCAAAAAAAUGAUGAAGGAUAACAACCUGGUGAGACACCUUGAUGCCUGUGAAACCAUGGGCAAUGCAACAGCUAUUUGCUCUGACAAAACGGGAACUUUGACCUUGAACAGGAUGACUGUAGUUCAGGUUUACAUUGCAGACACUUAUUAUAGGCGCGUCCCUAAACCUAAACACAUCCCAAGGAACAUCAUGGACCUUCUCAUUCAGGGCAUUGCGGUCAACUGUGCAUAUACUACCAAAAUUCUGUGUCCAGACAAAGAGGGAGGACUGCCACAGCAAGUGGGGAACAAGACUGAGUGUGCCUUGCUGGGCUUCGCCCUAGCUCUGCAGAAGGACUAUGAGGCAAUCCGUUACGAGAUCCCUGAGGAGAAGCUCUAUAAAGUAUAUACCUUCAACUCCAUUAGAAAGUCAAUGAGCACUGUUUUAAAGAACGCCGAUGGAAGUUUCCGAAUGUUCAGCAAAGGAGCCUCUGAGAUCCUCCUGAAGAAAUGCAAUAAAAUCUUGUUGUCAAAUGGUGAGUGCAGAGAGUUCCGACUGAGGGCUCGCAAUGACCUAGUGAAGAUGGUAAUUGAGCCUAUGGCAUCAGAGGGCUUGAGGACCAUCUGCCUGGCCUACAGGGACUUUCCCCUGACUGAGAAAGAGCCUGACUGGGACAAUGAGGCAGAUGUCCUUAGAUGCCUAACUUGCUUGUGUGUGGUAGGCAUUGAGGACCCAGUUAGGCCAGAGGUCCCAGAUGCCAUCAGGAAAUGUCAGCGUGCUGGAAUCACAGUGCGAAUGGUGACAGGGGACAAUAUCAACACAGCCAUAGCCAUAGCCACUAAGUGUGGUAUCAUUCAGCCUGGGGACAACUUCCUGUGUCUGGAGGGAAAGGAGUUCAACAAGCUUAUACACAAUGAAAAGGGCGAGAUUGAACAGGAGCUCAUUGAUAAGGUCUGGCCAAAGCUUCGGGUGCUAGCCAGAUCGUCCCCAACUGACAAACACACUCUAGUAAAAGGAAUAAUUGACAGCACUGUAACGCAGCAGCGGCAGGUGGUUGCAGUGACAGGAGAUGGAACUAAUGAUGGCCCUGCCUUGAAGAAGGCUGAUGUGGGGUUUGCCAUGGGCAUUGCUGGCACUGACGUAGCAAAAGAGGCCUCAGACAUCAUCUUGACGGACGAUAACUUCACCAGCAUUGUGAAAGCAGUCAUGUGGGGGAGGAACGUGUAUGACUGCAUUUCCAAGUUCCUGCAGUUCCAGCUGACAGUCAAUGUUGUGGCCGUGGUUGUAGCCUUCACUGGAGCCUGCAUCACUCAGGACUCUCCCCUGAAAGCCGUGCAGAUGUUGUGGGUUAACCUGAUCAUGGAUACCUUUGCCUCCCUGGCCCUGGCCACAGAGCCACCCACUGAGUCGUUGCUCCUCAGAAAACCAUAUGGCCGCAACAAACCACUCAUCUCCCGCACCAUGAUGAAGAACAUUCUGGGCCAUGCAGUCUACCAGCUCACAGUUGUCUUUACCCUACUGUUUGCUGGUGAGCGGUUGUUCGACAUUGACAGCGGCAGGAACGCCCCACUGCACGCCCCCCCCUCCGAGCACUACACCAUAGUAUUCAACACAUUUGUCAUGAUGCAGCUGUUCAAUGAGAUCAAUGCCCGCAAGAUCCAUGGUGAACACAAUGUGUUCGCUGGCAUAUUCAGCAAUGCCAUUUUCUGCUCCAUCGUGCUGGGCACAUUCAUCAUCCAGAUUGUGAUCGUUCAGUUUGGAGGGAAGCCAUUCAGCUGUGUAAGUCUCAGUUUUGACCAAUGGCUGUGGUGCAUCUUCCUGGGGGUGGGAUGUCUGCUCUGGGGUCAGAUUGUCUCCUCUAUUCCUACAAGUUGGCUUACAUUUCUGAAGCCAGCAGGCAACGGUACUCACAUGCAAGAUGAUGAGGACAUGGAUGACCUGGAUGAAAUGGACUAUAUAGAAAGGGAGCUACGACGUGGUCAGAUUCUCUGGUUCAGAGGCCUUAACCGGAUCCAGACUCAGAUGGACAUUAUCAAUGCUUUCCAGAGUGGAACGUCCUUUCAGGGGUCUCUACGGCGCCAGCUGUCCAGCACCAUCUGUCCAGUGCCAGCUAAACCAAAUAGCAUUCGAGUGGUCAAUGCCUUCCGGGACUCACUCUCCCCCUAUCUGGAAAAGUCCCAGUCUCUCACUUCCAUCCACAACUUCAUGACCCCCCCAGAGUUUUGGAUGGAGGACUCCCAGCCCCACGUGCCCUUAAUUGAUGACACGGAUGCAGAGGAUCAACUCCCCACCAAACGCAACUCCAUAGCCUGUGCCCUCCCCUCACUUAACAAAAAUAAUAAUGCAGUGGAUAGUGGUGUCCAUCUGUUUCUGGAGAGCAACAAGUCAAGGCCCUCAGCUCCAGAAAUUCCCUUGCAUAGCCUGGAGACCACUCUGUGAUUGGUUCCCCAAACCCUGGGUGCCUGAAGCCAAUAUCCCCAUACUUAGUGCACCAGUAGGGGGCCUCUGUGAGCCUGUUGACCAAUUUGAAGGCUAGCAUGUUCUCUGCUAAAACCUCUCUUUAUUGUCAAGUGAAUAAAAAGGAGAGCUGCAAGAACUUAAACAUGGAUAAAAAGUAAGUAAAAAAACAAAAAAGGGGAAAUAUCCAUCUUGCACCUGGACUGUGUUCAGUGAAGCUAUUCAUCUGGACGACUGUAUUUGGACUUUUUCUUCUUCUAUAAUGGCUGAUACGGUAAUACAUAAUUCAAGAUAGCAGUUGUUUACAAGGUUUAUAGGUACUUUAUGCUUAAAUUUAUAGCUAAGAGGUUCCAGGAGAGGAAGAUGCUGAAAAAAAUAAAGGGGAAGCAUAGCUCAUAUUUUGUAUUGCUGUUUUAUAAAGGGCUUGUAAAAGCAGAAUCGUGUUGCCCUUUUUUCUAGUUACAUAUACUGUUAAAUGCAUCCAAGUAUCAAAAGGGUGAUGGUAUUAAUAAACAAGGGCCACAGACACAAUUAUGAUGGGGAUGCUCUGCUUUGACAACACCUCGGAGUUUGCUUUUAGAGAAUUAAGAAUGUUAUGGGAUGCUUGUCAUACUUUGAUUCCGUGGAGAUGCAUGAGUGGAGGUAAUGGCCAGUGAUAGUAGGGUUCUCUUAAACUGAGUAGCGUACACAAAGUAUACGACGGGACCCCUAUCACAAAGGUUAGACUGGUUGUAGACACUACCAUGGUUAUCGGAAGCGUUACUUGAAGAAAGGAAAUGGUUCACUGUCCAUCUUCCAGUAUUCACUGAGCAUGUCUAAGGACUGUACUGAAAAUUAAAAGAAGACAUCAGCAGAUUUGGUGUCAUUAUGCAGCAAGACUGCAUCUGUGUGUUUUAUAAAAUGUCUUCCAGUGAACUAUGGCUUAGUGAUAUUUCGACAGAUAUGGGGACAACCAUUUCUUGAUUAAGAGCUAAGAUACAAUCCUUAAAAUACUUCAAAAUUCCUAUUCUUAAUUUUCUGCACACAAAAGUUCAAGAAAUAUGAAAGCCUUUUUUUUUAAUCACUAUGGUCAGUAUAGGGGAAUUCAAUACAAAACUUUGAACAAGAACUGCUUUUCUUUUUACCAGUGGAAAUUAAUUUGAACAGUGUUGUCUUUUUAAUAAUAAUAAUAAUAAUAACAAUAAUACUAAAAUAAUAAUAAUAGAUACUUUAUUCAUUCCCUCUGGGAAAUUCAGAACCAUCUAAGGAGCAUCAUCUAUACACAAAAAAAAACCUACAAAUGCUCAGACAUCCUGCUGCAUAUUGAUAAUCAGCAGCUAUGUUCCUUUGCCUUUUUUCCUUUUGAUUUCCAAUCCAUGCGGAGUAAACACUGGAAACUGGACAGCUGUGACCAUAAGGAUUGUUUUUAUUCUUGCAGCAUUUCAACUGCACUCAUUAUUCAACUUCUAUUUCAUUUUUGUUGUACAAUUAAAAAAAUCCAACUUGCAAGUUUUUUCCCCUUUCAGUGGGAAUGGAUUUUUCAGCAUAUGGAAAAAUCUUUGUUUGAAACAGUGUAAAUGUUAUUGUGUUUCAGUUGUUAAAAAAAGUCAAGCUUUUCUCGCAUAAGCUACAUAACAAUAAAGGUAGCUUUUUUAACCUAA